UUUCGAGAUGAAGAGUUGCGAGUAAGGUAGGUGGUUGUCUGCUCUAUCACUCUGGGUUCUAGAUUCUGGUACGUGCUGGAAUCUUCCACCGACAUCCACCAGGUUCGAGCAUCAACCAGCAUCAGGUAGGACGUGAUUUGUGAGUGUACGCGUCAGAAUCGCCCUCCCAAUCACGUCACUUUUCGUUUGUAAGACCGAUUCUGCCUGUAUCCUGCCAUUCAGGCGAGUUCUAGAAGUUCCGAGUGGAAUGCUUCGUGAUCAUUCCCGAAUAUGUGCGAAGCCACGAUCACCGUCUCCUUUCUCCUUCCUCCAAGUAUAAAGCAAGGAUUCACAUCCUCCAAAGUUGGAAAUACUUCUCCAUCAGAACACACACAACAAUCACACACAAGAGCUUUUACACACUCUCGCAAACCAACUUCUCUUCAACAACUCUCUCCGUCAAACUGAACCACUUCUCCAACAAACCCACUACCCACCACCAAGCAAACACAAUGGCUGCCUUCUUCCCCCGCAACUUUUACAACACCGACAACACCUCUUUCACCCCUCUCUUCCGCCUCCUCGAUGACUUCGACAACUACUCUCGUCAGGGCCAGAGCGCUCGCCAGACCUCAAUCCCCCACUGGCAGCCCAAAUUUGAUGUCCGCGAGACCAGCACUGCCUACGAGCUCCAUGGUGAGCUCCCUGGCGUGAGCAAGGAGAACGUCCACAUCGAGUUCACCGAGCCCCAGACGAUGCUCAUUCGCGGCAAGACUGUUCGCACCUACACCUCUACCACCCCUGCUGCCGCCCCCGUUGAGGAGGCUAGCGAGACCGCCGCCAUCACCGAGGACAAUGAGGAGCAGCAGCGCCCCCACAGCCCCUACCAAGCGACCGUCGAGGACGAGUUCAAGGAUGUCUCUCACGGGUCCGACUCCGAGGCCACCAAGGAGGUCGAGAAGAAGCAGCCUGACGAGGCAGCUGUUGAAAAGACACAGCCCGCCGACAAGGUCAAAUACUGGCUUACCGAGCGCAGCGUCGGCGAGUUCGCCCGCAGCUUCAACUUCCCCACCCGGGUCGACCAGGACACCGUCAGUGCCAACUUCCAAGAGGGCAUCUUGACCAUUGUUGUGCCCAAGGCCAAGAAACACGAGUCCCGACGCAUCACCGUCUUCUAAGCGAUCAACAUUGGAUGGCAAUUGCCCACCUCAGCACACGGCACUCUGAUUAAAUUUGCAACGGCAUUUGCUUGGACCAGCCAGGGUUUUAAUAAAUCAGUUUCCUGAGCUCAAGUUGCAUGGAUCCAUGUUUUUGGAAUGCGCAGCACAUUUCUUUGCGACUCGUUGAUAGCUUCUGGGCUCUACACACUCCCUUGUACACUAGCACAAACCAUAAUAACUACCAAAGAGAUUAAAUUGAACUAAACAAUCCUUUCUUAAAU